GUAUUGUAAGAUCCCGAAGUUUAGACUCCCCUUUGAAUGUUAUUUUAACUGGAUUUUAUUACUAUGAUACUAUUCAAGAAUUAAAUUUACUUGAAGAUAAGGAUGUAAUUACCUUGAACGAUGUUGUUCAUUUUGAUACCCUUGAUCCUAACAAUUUACCUGUGUUCCCAAUAUUAAUUAACAUGAUAGCGUUAGUACAAGAAGAUUUGGAAAUCGAUAACGAAGAUAUAGUCAUUAAUGUUUUGACUAAGAAUUAUGUUGACCAAGGUUAUAAUAAUCUUAAAUUAAUGUGUUAUCAUCCUACCUCUGCGCAAUAUUUGACGAAUACAACAGCUAUUAUAAAGAAAGAUUCUGUAAUCUAUGUUAAUAGAGAGCUCAUGAUUACUGAUGAUGAUAACAUAGAAUCAAAAGAUCAAAAUGAUACAAAUCAGCAAAAUGCCCUCACCAUUGCUCAAACUAUAGCCACAAGAGUCAAAGGAAGCACCCGAUGUAAAAAAACUGCACCUAACCUUAAACCGUAUCUUAAAACCAAUUCUUGCCCGAAAGUUACUGAUUUGGCGAAUGACCUUUUAAACAAACCUUCAAAUUCAAGCACACCUAAUCAAACUGUUACUGAAUAG